AUGGCACAAAUCCAACCUGAAGAAAAGCUUAAAGAAGAACCCCAAACCAUUACUAUGAUUUCUUCUACAAAACCUACAUCCAGUUGUAAUAAUAAUGCUAUUUCCAUGGCUGCUGCUAAACAGGGGACUAGUUGUAGUAGUGGUAAUGGUAAUGGUAAUGGCAAUGGCAAUGGUGUGACGUUCAAAUUCAAUGCACAUGCACCGGAAUUUGUGCCUAAAUCACAUACACAAAUGCCCAUUUCGGGUUAUUACUACCCUUGUUUUCAUUACCUAGGUGGUGCUGCGGCUGCUGCUUCCGACUGGUUCUUUCUUGGUGAACAAGAACCUUCUGCUUAUUUGAGUUCUAACCCUAAUAUUUCCAUACCUAAUUGUUCUUCUAAGAAUGUUCUUACUGAUGAUCUUCGACAAAAGAUCAUUAAACAGGUGGAAUACCAGUUCAGUGACAUGAGUCUUCUAGCAAAUGAAUCUUUGUCAAAGCAAACAAGUAAAGAUCCUGAAGGUUAUGUGCCGAUAUCUUUCAUUGCUUCAACAAAGAAAAUCAAGUCCCUUAUUACCAAUCACCAGUUGCUAGCUCAAGCACUUCGUUCCUCUUUAAAGCUUGUUGUGAGCGACGACGGCAAGAAGGUCCGUCGUAAGCACCCAUUCACUGAAAAAGAACGAGAACAAGUGCAGUCUCGUACCGUUGUUGUUGAGAAUUUACCUGAAGAUCACUCUCAUCAGAACCUUGACAAAAUUUUUAAUGUUGUUGGGAGUGUGAAGAACAUCCGAAUAUGUCAUCCCCAAGAAUCGAAUUCGUCUCGCUCGAAAAUCGACUUUGUUAUGUCUAACAAGCUACAUGCACUUGUGGAAUACGAGUCGACGAAGGUCGCUGAGAAGGCGGUUGAGAAGUUAAAUGAUGAAAGGAAUUGGAGGAAAGGGCUCCGAGUAAGGUUGUUGCUUAGACUCUCGCCAAAAUCCGUUUUGAAAACUAGAAAAUCGGAAUUCGAUGGGAUACUAGAUGACGAUGAUUCACCGCGCGGUGAACACUCGGAAGGUUCUUCUCCACCAAACAAUGCUGAAUCAUUUGAGAACAUUGUUGAAGAUAACACAGUGGGAUCGAAAAAGGGAUGGUCUAAAGGCCGCGGGAAAGUCCGGGGAUGUGCCCAAAACCACAGUGGGCGUGGGUUACUCGCUGCAUCACCUCAACCUAGCAAUGCAGUCCAAUGUGAGGCAUCUGUGAAACAGAUUACCAAGGGACCGAGAAUGCCGGAUGGAACUCGGGGUUUCACCAUGGGACGAGGCAAACCAUUAAGUUUGCCAUUGGAGUGA